CCUAGACCUAGACGUUGCAUGUCCUACCCCGACCCCUCGAUUUACGUUUCAUUGACGUACACCAUCAAAGACAAUAUCGGCUUUAGGAUUAAUAAGCUUCGUUUCGAUUCUCCUUAUAAGACAGCAACCCCUCUUAGCUGUUCCUACGUCGGUGGUUAGCAGCUACGUCCAUAAUCGAAUCACCCAGAGCCAAUACUUCCCCCUAUCAAUACCCGUACAACCAUCACUCGCUGUUAUAAAUUAUAGAAAAUGUCUCGAAACGUAGCGUUACCACCGGCGCCAGAACCCCAAUCCCCUCUAGCUCGCUACCGCAUACUCUCCCCUACGGCGUCGAUCCGUGUCAGCCCCCUAUGUCUGGGUGCUAUGAACUUCGGGGAUGCUUGGAAAGACUUUAUGGGCGAGUGUGACGAGAAAACCACUGAAGACAUCCUCGAUUAUUACUAUAGCCAGGGGGGUAACUUCAUCGAUACGGCAAAUAACUACCAGUUCGAGGAGUCGGAGAAGCGCAUUGGGGCAUGGAUGAAGAAACGUGGUAACCGAGACCAGAUGGUCAUCGCGACCAAAUUUUCGAUCAACUUCCACGCCGGACCGCGUGGUAAGGGGGAGAUUAUGAUCAAUUUCACUGGCAAUGGGUCUAAGAGUCUCCACACUUCGGUGCAUGCCAGCUUGGAAAAACUACAGACCAGCUACAUUGAUUUGCUUUACGUACAUUGGUGGGACUUUUCUACCAGUAUCCCCGAGGUGAUGCAAUCGCUCAACCAUCUCGUCGCAGCCGGCAAAGUGCUUCACCUAGGCGUAAGCGACACGCCCGCUUGGGUUGUCAGCAAAGCCAACGAGUACGCCCGCCAAAACGGCCUCCGGCAGUUUAGCGUGUACCAGGGCAGAUGGAGUGCGGCUCAGCGAGACUUCGAGCGCGAGAUCAUCCCCAUGUGCCGUUCCGAAGGUAUGGGCAUUGCUCCCUGGGGAGCUCUAGGGGGCGGGAAGUUCAAGACCGAGGAGCAGCGCAACAGUGCUGCCGGCCGAAAGGUCCAAGCCACCGAGGAAGAAAUCAAAGUCAGCAAGGUGCUCGAAGCAGUUGCCAAGCGAAAGAACACUCAAAUCACGAGUAUUGCUCUGGCCUAUGUUUCCAGCAAGGUACCCUACGUGUUUCCCAUCGUCGGGGGCCGCACUAUCGACCACCUCAAGGGAAACAUCGAGGCCCUAAAUAUCAAACUAUCUGCGGAGGAUAUCAAGGAAAUCGAGUCUGCGAUUCCUUUUGAUGUGGGAUUCCCUAACAAUUUCCUGUACGGAGGCGAAAUCCCUGAAAAUCCCGGCCAAUUGUGGAUCUUGAAUACAGGUGGUACUAUGGAUUACGUGCCGGAGCCGAAGCCCAUUGGCAGGGAGUAAACUCUCGCUGCUCUUCAACUAGAUCUAUGGUUAGGAUAUGUACUUGGUAAUAUGGAAACUAAGGAGUCAUCAAUACCGGCCGGUCGUUAUACAAAUUUGGUCUUUAUCGAAGUAGCUAGCGAAAAGGGGCAGGGGUUAGUCAAAAGUAGCAUUGAUACACAAUAUUGAAUGUAUAAGUUAAGGU